CGUCCUAAUGAGUUCCUUUUCAAACCUGUUGAAUAGAGACAAGCACCCUGCGGCGAGACCGGGAGCUAUUUAAUGGCCAUUACGCCCAGCGCUGCCCAGUUUACGCACGAUAGUACUCACAAACGCAGUAUUAGUGGCAUCUGAAGAAAAAUGGAAGACAUAUUUUUUGAUUUCGAUGCUCAAGAUGCUGCAACAGAGAUUGCCUUCUGGGGCCAAAUGGACCCCAACUUUCAGUUCCAGUCUCAGCUGGACACGCUGCUGUUUGACUGCAGCGCAAUGACAGGUCAGAUGUCACCCUGGUCCUCUUUUGGGUGCCAGUCCGUGUUCCCCGAGGCUCAGCUGACCUUCACGGACUUAGACUCGCAGUCUCCGCAGCUAGAGGUCGGUGCUGAAGUGGACAGCUCCUUAGUGGACGAGCCCCAUGAGAUCGACAAGCGCAGACAGCAGCUGCAGCAGCGGCGCUUGACGUCCCAUCAUCCGCACAAGGUGCAGCGCCACGCCGCCAACAUCCGGGAGAGGAAGAGGAUGCUCAGCAUCAACUCUGCGUUUGAGGAGCUGCGCUGCCACGUACCCAUGUUCCCCUACGAGAAACGGCUCUCAAAAAUAGACACGUUAAGACUGGCCAUCGCUUACAUCGCCCUGCUUAGGGAAAUCCUCAUGUCAGGCUGUGACCCCAAGUCAUAUGUCGAUGAAUGCAUGAAGAACGGCUAUAAGAAUCAGACCAGUGCCAUCUGGAACACAAGUGAUCUGACAGCUCGGCUCUCUUGGAUAAAGUGGGAUUAACUGCAGCAUGGGCCGUGAAGAGAGAUGCCGCCUCUCCCUCCUUUCUCACGCUCCUCUUCAAUGGUGCCGUGGCACGACAACUCCACGACAUCUGCAGACUUCUCACCGCAUUACACCUCCUGGCACUCAGGACACUUUUUAUAUUCUAAUUUGUUGUGGGUUAGAAUCAGGCCCCCUUUUGCUCAUCCAGAAUUGUGUUGUUUGUUGUGAAUGAGGCCUUAUCAGGACAAAGCCGUGGCACUUGUGCCUGUGUGCAAGAUGAUAGAAUGGCAAAAGGGCGGCAGUUCAAAUUUGUUUCCAUGUGCUUCACUGUUGAAAGCAAAUCGAAAGGGUUUGGCCUGGCAAUGUGCCUGACGACCACAUUUGGAUUUUAGAGCAGUGACAGUUUGUACCGUGAAAUAAUUUGACCACAGCAGUAUUUAUUUGUUAAUUUAUUAUUUUACUUAUUAAAAAAAAUAUUUUUUGUCUUUCUUUUACCUUUGUGUGAUCGAAUUUU